CCACGAGGAGGCGAGGCCUGUGAGGAACUGGGCCUGAGGCGGAGAGGGGGCGGGGAGGAGAGCGAAGCGGCCGGCCGGCCUUGGCGCGAGCGACUCCGCCGCCCGCCCGCUCCCCCCUCAGGCUUCUCCCCCGUCUGCCGCUUUGUUGUACUCGCCGCCUCAGCCUCGGGCGGGAAGGGAAGGGCAAGGCGGCUGCGCCUCCGCCUCCUGACGCUCAUGGCGACAGUGGGCACAUCCGGGCUUUUCUCCUUUCGGCGUCGUGAGGCGCGUCCAGCCCGACUCCAUUAGAGGCUCUCUCUUUUUCCCUUUCCCUCCCGCGCCGCCCCGUCCCCGGCGGCAGGGAAGGAGGGUUACUGCCGGGCUCUCGGGAGGGAUUCCCGGGGGUCAUGUCCAACCAAGGGGCGAGGAGGAACGGGCCCGUCAAGCUGCGACUGACAGUUCUGUGUGCAAAAAACUUGGUGAAAAAAGAUUUUUUCCGGCUUCCUGAUCCAUUUGCUAAAGUGGUGGUUGACGGAUCUGGCCAGUGCCAUUCUACAGAUACUGUGAAGAAUACCCUUGAUCCAAAGUGGAAUCAGCAUUAUGACUUAUACAUUGGGAAGUCAGAUUCGAUAACGAUCAGUGUAUGGAACCACAAGAAAAUUCAUAAAAAACAGGGAGCCGGUUUCCUGGGCUGCGUAAGACUUCUUUCCAAUGCCAUAAACCGCCUUAAAGACACUGGUUAUCAGAGGUUGGAUCUGUGCAAACUUGGGCCAAAUGACAAUGAUACCGUUAGGGGACAGAUUGUAGUAAGUCUUCAAUCCAGAGACCGGAUAGGUACUGGAGGGCAAGUUGUGGACUGCAGUAGACUGUUUGACAAUGAUCUACCUGAUGGUUGGGAAGAAAGGAGGACGGCCUCUGGAAGAAUUCAGUAUUUAAAUCAUAUUACACGAACAACACAGUGGGAGCGACCAACACGGCCAGCAUCGGAAUAUUCAAGUCCAGGUCGACCACUGAGUUGCUUUGUGGAUGAGAACACACCGCUUACAGGAAUAAAUGGUGCGACAUGUGGACAGGCAUCAGAUCCCAGGCUAGCAGAGAGAAGAGUGAGGUCUCAGAGGCACAGGAAUUACAUGAGCAGGACCCAUCUACAUACGCCUCCAGAUUUACCGGAAGGAUAUGAGCAAAGGACAACUCAGCAAGGGCAGGUGUAUUUCCUACAUACUCAGACGGGUGUAAGCACAUGGCAUGAUCCACGUGUACCGAGGGAUCUUAGCAACAUCAAUUGUGAAGAGCUUGGUCCUUUGCCUCCUGGAUGGGAGAUCCGGAAUACAGCAACAGGCAGAGUUUAUUUUGUUGACCAUAACAACAGAACAACGCAAUUCACAGAUCCACGGCUAUCGGCUAACUUGCACCUGGUUCUAAAUCGUCAGAACCAACUUAAGGAUCAACAGCAGCAGCAGCAGCAGGUAGUAUCGCUUUGCCAGCUUCCAGAUGAGGCCGAGUGCCUAACUGUGCCAAGGUAUAAGCGGGACCUUGUGCAGAAACUCAAGAUUCUGAGACAGGAGCUAUCCCAGCAGCAGCCCCAAGCUGGACACUGCCGCAUAGAAGUCUCCAGGGAAGAAAUUUUUGAGGAGUCUUACAGACAAGUCAUGAAGAUGAGGCCCAAAGACCUGUGGAAGAGAUUAAUGAUAAAAUUUCGUGGGGAAGAAGGCCUUGACUAUGGAGGAGUUGCCAGGGAAUGGCUCUAUUUGCUCUCCCAUGAAAUGCUGAAUCCGUAUUAUGGCCUCUUCCAGUACUCGCGUGAUGACAUCUAUACACUACAGAUAAACCCAGAUUCUGCUGUUAACCCGGAACACUUAUCCUACUUCCAUUUUGUUGGACGGAUCAUGGGGAUGGCUGUGUUUCAUGGACAUUAUAUUGAUGGGGGCUUCACAUUGCCUUUUUACAAGCAGUUGCUAGGAAAGCCAAUUACGUUGGAUGACAUGGAAUUGGUUGACCCAGAUCUUCACAACAGCUUAGUAUGGAUACUUGAGAAUGAUACUACCGGAGUCUUGGAUCAUACAUUUUGUGUGGAACAUAAUGCGUACGGUGAAAUUAUACAACAUGAACUGAAACCUAAUGGCAAAAGCAUUCCUGUCACAGAGGAGAGUAAAAAGGAAUACGUCAGGCUUUAUGUAAACUGGCGAUUUUUACGAGGGAUUGAAGCUCAGUUUCUGGCUCUGCAGAAGGGAUUUAAUGAAGUAAUCCCACAACAUCUGCUGAAGACAUUUGAUGAGAAGGAGCUAGAGCUCAUCAUUUGUGGCCUUGGGAAGAUAGAUGUUAAUGACUGGAAGGCCAACACCAGGUUAAAACACUGCACGCCAGACAGCAACAUUGUGAAGUGGUUUUGGAAAGCCGUGGAGCUCUUUGAUGAAGAAAGGAGAGCCCGAUUACUGCAGUUUGUGACUGGGUCAUCCAGAGUGCCUCUGCAGGGUUUCAAAGCAUUACAAGGUGCUGCUGGUCCAAGACUAUUCACAAUUCACCAGAUUGAUGCUAGCACAAAUAACCUGCCAAAAGCUCACACAUGCUUCAAUCGAAUAGACAUUCCUCCUUAUGAAAGCUAUGAGAAGCUCUAUGAAAAGCUGCUAACCGCCAUUGAAGAAACAUGUGGGUUUGCUGUGGAAUGAACAUUUGCAGACUUACCUGGGACUGUAUUUAUACUCCGUCAAGCAAAAGAUCCUCUCCUCAGCCAUGACACAGUUAAAUGCUUGAAAUAUAGGAAACCCCUACCCCCACUCCCUUUUCUACUUUAGGACGAUAUGAGGGAAAGGACAAUUUUUGGAGUUCUUCAUUCAAGAAAAUGUCCUGUGGCUCCUGCCAAGGAAUCAUUCAGCUGCUAUUAAAAACAAGUAUCUUGAAUAUACAGAAUGCUGACUUUUCCUUCCUUUCAACAGCAGUAUUCUUCUCUCAAAAAGACGACUACUAUUUUUGUAAAAGGUGAUCUGAUCUAUUUGCUUACCUGAUUUCUAUUCUCACAGGGCCAAGAUAUAGCUGUUGGUACAAGUCACGUUCCAGCCUACUUAAGUAAACAUGUGAUACUGAACAGCAUCUAUACCUAUUUUUUUAAAUAAAAUAUUUUGAUUAUUCUAAUUUUUUCAUAUAAUUGGCUAAGCAAAUCAUAACCCUUUUAAAUUAAGGCCACUUAACGUGCAAACUGUGUUUUCUUAUAGUGAAUGAUUUAAUUCUCUGUUAUGAGUUAAACUUCAAUAUUACUUGUGUAAGGAUUUUUAUAUUUCUCAAGCAUGAAUUACAGGUUUUGGCUCCUGUUUUUCUCUUGUCCAGUUUCUUUAGCAGAAUCCUAGUCAGAGUUAACUUGCACUGUAUUUGGUACAGUACUUUGUGGUAAAUGUGGAAACCCCCUUUUUUUUAAAGCGUCUAACAUUUUUUUAAAUGAGCAUUUUUGUAAAAAGUCAAUACUUGAGUUUUUUUUUAAUUUGCUUUCCAUUUUAAAUGGAACUUGCUGCAUUUUGUAAACUCCUAAAUGUACGUUGAUGAUAUCAACAGCCUUCUGCCAGGUCGUCAGUUCAUUUUUCAAAACUCUCUGUGGAUGUCAUACCAACCAAAGUUUUUCUGUUCAGAUACAGUGAAUCUGCAUUGUAUAUUAGUUGUUGCAAAACAAUAUUAUCAGGUUAAAAUGUUUUUAUUUUAAAUGGCUUGUGACAUAUGGGUUUGUGCUAGCUACAACUAAGGGAAAAAAUAGUGAUGCAAUGGACUUAAAAGCAGAGCUUCUGUAAUUUUCUAUCUGAAAUGCAAAUAAGGUGUGAUGUGCUCCAAUAAAUAGCUGACUGGAGCACCCCAGAAAUCAUCCUUGCAUUGAGGGUAAAUAUAUGCAAAAUAGUUAAAAUAAAGGGGGCACAUUUAGAAGAAAUAUAUUGUACUGUUAAUCGGCAGUCAUGCGACCAAUUAUAUAUCAAUAACUAAAGUGGUUGAGCUUGUAACUUGGGGAUAGCUCAUAUGUACACUUCUCUUUGCAAUAGUGUGUUUAGUUGCUGUGAAAAGUACAGCCUCUCUUGUCGAAAUCAUUGCUGGCUGUUUCUGGUAUGCUGGCAAAUACCAAUAUUUCUUCAUAGUUUUAUGUACCCAACUGUGUGCAGAGGAAAGCGGAACUUGCAUGUGCGAACUAGCUCUCACUGAACAACAUGGAGAACGUCUAGCCAACUGUCAGCACAGUCGUUCAGUUGCUCAUCUUCUCGUGCAAAAGCAAGGAAUGACAAACACAGCAAGGCAUAUGGUAGUAAUUAAUCACAAGUAACCAUCUAAAACAGGCAUCCCCAAACUGCGGCCCUCCAGAUGUUUUGGCCUAUAACUCCCAUGAUCCCUAGCUAACAGGACCAGUGGUCAGGGAUGAAGGGAAUUGUAGUCCAAAACAUCUGGAGGGCCGAAGUUUGGGGAUGCCUGAUCUAAAACCACCCACUUUUUCUGUACAAAUGAUAAAUUGAGAGUGCCAAGUAUAUGGAGGCAACAGAUUGAAAACUUAUCUUGAAUGUUUUGUUAGAGAUGGCCUUUUUCCUUGUCUAAAAUUGGAAUAAGAGAAAGCAAGUUAAGUCAAAGGACAUUCGCUAGAUGGCAUGUAGCCUGCUCUGACUUGAAUCUGGCAGGUUGUACAUUAACAACCAGUCUUGUAGGCUCAAGAUGUAGAAUUGGGAGAGGCGAGGAUGAACGAUCAUUUCCAUUUGUCGCAUUGGUUCCAAAACAGCCUCGCUCCUACGUCGUAUUGAACUAUGAAGCAAUUACACAAAUUAGCCAUAGUAAAAAUAAAUUAAAAAUGGUGAAAGGUGGUCUGUUUAUGAUUAGAUUGUCCAGCAUUUGGAAUAGCUAGGUCUUACUUCGUCUUCCUUUGCUCAUUGACUGCAGCAGAACUGUAAGUCUACAUUGAUUGCUCUGAGUAGAUUUAAGGCAGAUUUUGGAAUGCAAGCCUAAGCCCCAGUUAGGGGAUCUGUUCUGGUUCUAGGCUGGCAGAUGCAAUCCUUUCUAUCGGAGCAGAUCCAUCUGCUUCCACUGUUCUUUCAGGUUUCAGGAAUAGCAUUGCAUUGAUUUCUCUCUACUGUUGUCUUAAAUUAAAAGCUGGUAGAAUCCUGGUUUUCAUAUCCACAGCGGUGCGCGGCUACUGUUCUGCAUAUCUUUCAGGAGUUGUCAUUCUGCCUGUGCACAGGUUGAUGUAGGGCUUUUUGUUAACCAUGUUUUGUACCAGGCCUUACUUGCUGCUUGUCAGCUGUGUACUUCCUUCUCUGAAAAAUUAUCACUUGAUUCCAGUUGAUAGCCUCGCCCUUACCUCAUGGGAAGAUGCCUCUUGUUCUGCAUCAGAUUGUGCUGAAUGUUGUGGCCUCCACUGAUGAUCUCUGCUCAUUUAAUAAGGAGAUGUAGCUUAAUAAGCACAGAAUGAUUAACGAGAGCCUGUGACAGACUGCAUUGACAGGUCUCUGCAAAGGAGUUUGUGUGUUACAGGGUUUUGAUAAGCCGGACUCGAGUUGGGUCUAAGAUCAAAACUUGAUAGCAAUUUCAUUGUCAUCCUGCUUUAAACACAUUGUGUCCAGAGAUUCUUCCGUCAUUACAGGGCUAACUUUGCAAAAUCUGAUUCUCACUAAUAGGCAAAACAAAAACAUUUCUGCAUAUUGCUUUGACUGCUACGCUGAGCAGACUGAUGCAAAUUGAAUAUCGGGUCUCCUGAGUGCCUUCUUAUCUGCAUAACCAUUAAAAUGCUUUAAAUCACACAACCUGUCAGAAGCUUCUCUAGACCCAUUGAGUGUAGUCCUACGGCCAUGCCACUUUUCCCGUCGACAAGUGCUAAACCCAAUAUUAUGUUAAGACCUUUGGAUUUUCAACCCAGAUUUAAAUGUGAAUAUUUAUUUCCAGCUUGUCCCUCUUCCUACACGGUUUUUUCAUCCAUCCUAAAUUUGCAUUAAGUGGUUAAGAGAGAUGUCACCUCACAUUUACAUGCUUCCUUUUCAGAAAUGAAUGUUUUAAAAUAUAGUGACUAUUUUGUAGGAUUCAGAUAUACAGUACUCGGUUGUGUUUCAGAUUUAAUUUUUAGAUGUAAAGUUUUGUAAUGGUGCUUUGUACAGUAUGUAUUCUAUUUUUUUUGCACAUAGGUUCAGUUUCCCUAAACCGAUUAUAUUUUUACCAAAACAUUGUGUUGUACUAGAGUCCAGAGCACACAGGAUGCCCCCCCCCCCAACACUACAUCUGUUAAACCUCUGGUGCAUUAAAACUGGCUGCAUUAAUGGAAGUAAAAGUGUUGCUUCUAUAUCAUACAUCAUAAUGUAGCAUGACCCCGUUGCUUCAGACUUUAAACUGCACCAUAUAGAUAACAGGUGCAGUUUGUACUUAACACAAUCUCUUUAUUAGAUUUCUGACUCUGCGGAAUCCUAAGAGCUUUGUCUAUAGCUAAAACUAGUCUAUAUUUUGUAUGAUUUUUCCUUCUUCCAGACUGACAGGUGGGGUUUUUUUUUAGUUGCAUUUCUAUUGUAUUUAUUGCAGAGUGUUUUUAGCAUUGAUAUACAUUGCAUUUUCACCAAGCUGUUACAUGAGCUUUAACAAUACAUCUGUAUAAAAUGUUUUUUGUUUUGUUUUUGUUUUUUUAAAAAGUAUGUACUCAUGCAGAAGUUGAGCAAUAAAAUUGUAUGCUGUUUGCACUGUCACAGCAUCAAUGGUUUUAAAAAAAACCUGGUUUUUGCGUUUAUUUUUAAGUAAAAGCAACACUGGUGAUCAUGUAAUUUAAUUUGUGUGUUUUUAAAGAGUACAGAGGCACCCUGGAUAUGCUUAACAGCGGCUUUAUGUGGAGGAAAAAUAAUCUCAACAGCUACAACUACUGUAUUACAUGAAGAAAAAUUUUUUUGAAGGUCAGUUCAUUGAUGUUCCUUUAAUAUAUGAGCAUAAGAAGAACCUGCUGGAUCCAGCCAAUGGCCAAUCUAACCCAGCAUCCUGUUCCCACAGUGGCCAAGCAGGUACCUAUGGGGAAAGCAGGAUAUUCACACUUGUGAUUCCUGGCAACUAUUCAGAAGGAUACUGCCACCUGCAGUGGGGGGUAGAACACAGCCAUUAUGCUUAGUAGCCUGGUCCUCCACGAAUUUGCCUAAUCCUUGUUUGAAGUUAGUGGACAUCACUGUUUCUCAUACCUAUGACAAACUUAAGUUGGUCUCUAAGGUGCUACUGGAUUUUUUAUUUUUAUUUUGACUGCGUCAGACCAACACUGCUACCUACCUGUAACUAUCACUGUUUCUCGUGAGAGUGAAUGCUAAGUAUGUGCUGCAUAAAGUUCUUUUUUUGUUGUUGGUUUGCCAUAUUUCAAAAAGUAAAAACCAUCUUCUUCUUUUUUGUUUAUUUGCUGAAGAUCCAGGGCAAACUGCCACCUUCCAGACGUCCCCCCUGGAUGCCACUUCCGCCUUUGAACUCCCAGUAAUGUUUGGGGAAAUCCGGACGUAUGGGAGCCCUAUUUUUUGCUUUCUUUCUCUGUCCCAAAUCUGCCAAUAUUCAGCUUCCUUAGAUAUCCAGAGUUCUAGCGUUAAGUGAGAGGGAGAAAAGCUUGUCUCUACUUUCCCCACACCAUGCAUAAUUUUAUAUAACCCUAUCAUGUCGUCUCUUUCUCUCAAGUCCAAAAUAUUGUAAACUUUCCUCAUAGGGGAUUGUUCCAUCACCUUUAUCUGAAUCUCUUCCAGCUCAUUUUGAGGUGAGGUGACCAGAAAUGUACACAGUGUUCCAAGUGUGGUCACAACAUACCGCAUUUACUCAAAUGUAAUGUGCACCUUUUGGGGGGGGGCAAAUUGAUAUGAAGUUUGGUACCAAAAUCACUCUAUAGGCUAGAAUUUAUCUUUUAAACAUGUCCAGGUUUGAUUUAAAUGCAUCAUCAGUUAGCUAUACUUAAGCAAUAAGAUUAAUAUUUAGAUUAACCUGGAAGAAAGCUUCACUAGCUUAGUUUUGAAGGUUGAGAAGCUAACCUUUAUUGAAAAAGUCUUGUUUUUUAAAAAAUCAUUUUUAAAAUAUCAGUUCAAUAUUUCCUUGACACUGUAACAGUCUAUGGAUUCCGGGCAGCAAAACAAGCUACUAACUUCAUACUUCAGGUUGUGUACCGCCCAGUAUCAUUUUUAAAUAUAAAAAGCAUAUUUGCAAGAAACAAGAGGCAUUCCAACACUUAAAGGAACUGGUAGUUUUUGCUAUAUUGAAAGGAAGCCACUAGGAGUCUGGUUUUUAGGCGAUCAGCUUCCAGUUCUCGGAAGAAUGAAUCAUCAUCAUCACGUGUGAUCAUGUCCUGCAGUUCUUUAAUCUCCUUCUCCAUCUUUGAUCUCAGCUCACGUUUCACUUUGUUUAAUGUCUGAAAGAGACCAUUAGGAUUAAGUCUAGUACGAGGUUUCCCAAACUUCAGUGUCCAGCUUUUUUUUGGACUACAAUUCCCAUCAUCCCUGACCACUGGUUCUGCUAGCAAGGGAUGAUGGGAGAUGUAGUCCAACCACUGCAGUUGGACUAGUUUGGGAAACACUGGUCCAGUAGUUGGUCAACAAGACACAAAGUUUAGAGCAAUAAGACUUACUGUUGCCUGUGCUUUCUCUCUGGUUUGGAUUUCUUGGCGUUCUUCAGAAACAGCUUCUGCCAGCAUUGAAAACUAAGCAGAGCGCAAGAAAAACAAAUUAGGUGAAGAUUACAUUAGUUUAUCCUUGUGUUGUAAGGAAGAACCAAGCCUACCUGGUCCUUAUAGUAGCACUCCAUGGCCUCUAGCUCAGCCUGAUGUUCUCUCUUCUGCUCAGCCCGCUUCUCCUUGGCAUACGAUCUCAGCUCAUGCAGUCUCUGCUUCUGAAUUUCCAAGCCUUCUUCAAACAGGUUUUUAAAUAUCUGCCAAACAAAACAUAGCAUCCACACACAUAAGAACAGCUCCGUUUAAGAAAACUUCAGCCCAGGUGACCAAGUGGUGAAAGCUAGUCGCACUCAAACCUAUUAUUCCCAAGGGAACGUAUCCUGCUUUGCAACAGGCGCACAAGUCCAUUUGCUUCCUUGGCCAUGGAUCAGUAACUACAAAGUGUCAACUAAUAAUUUUUUAGCUGAUUAAAUAAGACAGUGAUUACAUAGUUCAUUAUGUGAAAGUGUAUUUGUGUGUUACUAAAAGGCACCUUUGAGUUGCUCAAAGUAGUGUAGGAAAUUAAACUAACAAAGUCACAAUUCAUUUUACUUUAUUGACAAGCUUCCCCCCUCCCCACAGCUCUUAAUCUCAAAGGAGAUUACAAAGGAGAUUAAUCUAUGUAUUGUCAUCACAAAGGUGAUCUCCAGUGGGCAGGUCUCAUCCCACCCUGCUAAGGAAUGGGUAAGCUACAUCAUGUGGUACCUUGCAAACUGGUGUCACAACCCCAAUAGCACCAGCACACCUAGUGCAAGAAAUAUCCAUAUGAUGGCAGCCCUCUUGCAUGAUGAAAACAUUCCUAAGUUACCAGAGUGGUGGGAGAGAUGCCCAUGGAGCAGGAGGAGCUAUGCAGCUGCGAUCAGAGGAUGUUGGAAAACAUGGAAGCUGGCCUGCAGUCUCAAUACAGUCCUUAGAAUCUCAGCUGAACCUUCCUGGGAGGAAGAGCAGGAGUCCUACUUCCUGCAGCGCAGUUCCCCUCAACUUACACGUUCCUCACGUGUCCUGGCUCUCAUCAUCUUUGCCCGCAGCUGAACUCUGUAAUCUUGGUAGUACUUUUUGGCUCGGAUAAUUUGCUGUCGUCUCUCCCUUAUUUUGUUCUGGGCACAUUUCUGCCGAUUAAUGUGUUGCUUCAACUCUUGCUAAAGACAAAAACCAAGAAAGACAAUUCAUGUUUCCCUAAGGAGAAGAGAGAAGGUAUUAACUAUUUUCUGAAAUAGGUGCAGCAACCAGAAAAGAUGAAUUCCCUUCUCGAUCUUCUAGCGGAAAUAUAAUUGGACAAAAGAAUUUAGGAGGGAGGGCCGUUUUUCAGAAGUUUGACUGUCCAGUUUUUCCACUCCCAUUUGCUGCAGGUCUAUCAAGCAUAAUGUCCUGCUGAGCAAUUGGUAAAUCCCGGAACUAGAUGAGGGUGUGGCAGUAGGGGUGUCUUGAGGACCUGGCUCACCCAACUUGAAAGCAUUGCUCUAAGAAAAUAACUUACAACCUACCAAAUCAAGUACAGUAGUCCCCCCUCC